UCGCCGCCGCCGCCGCCGCCGCGUCGCCCGCGUCAAACGCACCGCCGAAUCGUCAUUCUCCGGACGACCGGGGAGGGCAAUCGUGAACCCGCGACCUUUCGAAUCGCGGCGCGGCGCGGCGGAUCGCUCGUGAUAACAGUUCUAUUGAAGUCACCGCAGAUUCCUCACAGGAGUCUGCAGGAUCGCCAAUCCCAGGUGGUUCACUUCUCGCCGAUCGUUCUCGUUUGUGAAAACCCGUUAAUUCCUAGUUAAUCCCGCCCGUCGAUUACUCAACUAUCGCCGUACGUCGUAGCUUCUCUUGCUAUCGUUAAAGCAUUCUACACCAUUUUGCACCACCGCUAACCGCGGGCGGACUCGACACGCGUCUUCGUAUCGGGCUCAGGGUCGCGGCCUCGUCCCACCUCGCCUCUUCCCGCCUCGUCUCACGUCAGUCAACAGCAGCAGCAGCAGCAGUCGUGGCGUGCGUAAUUUUUAUUCGCCGCGUCGUCGCCGUUGCGCCUAGUCGCUCUAUCGCUCCUCGCGAUAUGCCUUCAUGACGCACGAGCUAAUCGUAGGUCAUAAUGUCAGCGGCACACUCGCGGCACGCCGCUGCGAUGACACUGUACGCAUCCGAUAAAAAUCCGCUCCGCAGGCAGGGCAUGACGGAUGACAGGAUUAGUUGAUCGAAAAAUGCCUUACUCCGAACAACAUAAAACUGUUUUGCAAGCUGUUAUACAUGAAGGUGCUUUACAUGAGGAUCGUGGAAAAGAAUUAGUUAUAAGGUUAUUUGAUCAUAAUAAUACGGCACAAAUAUUAAGUGAAAUAAAUGCAAAGUUACAACCAUUAUGCAUGACCAUAAAACGCAUAAAUUGCGAAAUUACCGGAGAGUUGUAUUGGAUUUUUAUGAGCACGGUGCAAGACAAAACUGCGAGCUAUGUUUCUCAUUUCUCACAAACAGAAUUAGCUCUCUUGCGAAAUGUAUAUUCGGAAAUUAUUACUUCUGACAAUAGCUAUGUAUCAAGUACAUUUUGCCUUAAUUUAUGUUCAUCACUAAAUGCAAAACUGACUAAAACUGAUGCCGAACUAUUUUUACUUGAAAUGGUCGAUAGACAAUGGUUAUACUGCAAGGAUGGUAAAUAUUACAUGGGAGUACGAAGCAUAGCAGAAUUAUUGCAAUAUUUCAAAGAUACCUAUGAAGAGAAUCUUCAAAUUUGUACUUUAUGCAAGCAGGAACUUUUUUAUGGUGACAAAUGUGACAAAUGUGAUGCUAUUACACAUGUUUUUUGUCUCAAGAAUUAUGCAAGAGAUCACAGUUUAGGAUGUCCUAAUUGUCUUUUUUCUACAUCAAGACAGAAUCUUUCUAGUAGUAACACUAAUUGUGCCAUGGAUGUUGAAGAUGCCUCACAGACGAGUAUGGAAAUACACGAGAUGGCACAGUCUAGUCAAACCAGAAAAUUGAAACGAAAACAUAAGAAUGGAUCGAUGUAAGAUGUUUUGUUACACAGGAUUGUUUGAAAGAGAUGAAUGCCGCAAACUAAAGAUUACAUUUAUUUUUAUUUAUAAAAUUAAA